GGUCGCUGCUGCCGCAGCUCUGCCCGGAGCAAGGUGGUAUUUUGGAGUCCCUCCUCCUGUAGCUUGACGGUAGGAUGGCUGCCAUCCAUCUACUGGAAUUUGGUGUGCACAUACUCAGCUCCAUGCUCCUGGUACUCGCCCUUUGUCAUCCACGCACGCUGGAAGGACGUGAGAGACGCUGCCAUGGAGCCCCCCAGCCAGGCCGCCGUGCCCCUCUCCGGGCUCGCCAGGACAUCGAUCUGGACGCCCGUGCCUUGGGAAAGGAGGUUCAACCCUAAGCACAUCCUCUCUGGGAAGCCAGGAAACAUGGAGGAGCCACCUGAGAGCACGAUGUUGCCCAGCACGUCCCUCCUGGCAUGGUCGGGCACCGUCUGGAGGCUCUGCCAGGCCAGCUGGUGCAGCCCGGGGCAGCCGUGCUGGAGCAGCUUGGGCUGGAAGAGCGGCUCCGGGCAGCAGAACCGCUCCUUGCCCAGGGUUAUCCAGCGCCCAUCUGGCGUCUGGAAUCGGGCUGGAUGAUGGCAACCUUGGUCCUGGAGGUCCCUUUCAUAGUCCAGGGAGACGUAGCAGCACUGCUUCUUCAGCUGGGACAGCGUCUUCCUGGUCAGGGCGUGCAGCGCCGCGGGCUGGUUGGGGCUCUCCAGCAGCAGCUGGUGCAGGUGGCUGGAGAGGAGCUCCCCGGCCACCCCCAGGCGCUGGGUGCCCUUCCUCAGGGUCUGGCCCAGGCAGACGGUGGUGACGUGGGACACUCCCGCCCCGGCCUCCACGGCCAGCCCGGUGACUCUGCCGUGGGCGCAGAGGGACAGGAACCCGGUGUUGGCCAUGUGCAGGGCUGGCACCCCGAAGCUCUCGAAAAGCACCUCGGCUGCCUUUACCCUGUCGGUGGCAGGGCAGGACGGGGACUCAGCCAGGAGCACCGGGUGUUCCUCUGGUGGAACUCUGAGGCUGCAGGAGAAGAGGUGGCCCCACAGGCUCUUCAUGCCAUCCCAAUCCUCAACGAUGCCGUGCUGGAGCGGGCAGGACCUGGCUGCUGCGGCGAAGCCUUCCGUGCUUCCCGUGGCAGUGGGAUGCUGCUGGCUGUCCCUCCUGGGGCCUGCACUGCAGGGGUGCAGCAGCACAGUCCUUAGAACAAACUGGGGCUGCCUCUGCCCCGCAAAGCCACCCCGGGUGAAGCUGCUGCCGCUGUCGAUGAUGACUGCAGGCUUCAGCAUGGCUGGCACUCCGGAGGGAUGCCGGGGAGGGAGGAAGAGCCUGCAGCGGGACAAGAGGGGUCUCGUGAAGCCAAACCAGGCCCAAGUACCUGCUCUACAAGGGAGAGCAGCUCAGCCCCACUGCAGGACAGCAGUGCCUGCUCUAGAAGUGUCUGGAGGUAUGAGACCUCCUCGAAGAUAGAGCAGUUCCUGACCCGAUUCCUGCUUCGGGAAACCAUGCACCAGCUGCAGUCCCUGCAGGCAUCCCUGGAGUGUGCUGUGGACACCGUGGAGGAGCAGGCAGGACGGGAGAGAAAGGACAUAAAAAAACCUGAGACUUCAGUUGGCCUGAGGUCGGGGAGACGGUGUGGGCGCAGAGGACAGAAAAACAUCUGUCUGUCUCCAACAGACCCCUAUUCUGGGAUGCUGACAACAGGUGUUUGUGUCGAGGACAACAGCCAGUGGAUGGCUCAGAUCAACAGGCUCCAGCAGCUCAUCGAGAAGCUGGAAUGCAAGAGCCCACGCCUGGAGCCGCUGAAGGAGGAAUCCAUGUGCAAAGGACAAGAUGCACACAUCCUGGUGGCCAAGAGGCAGAUCUCAGUGGCCACGAGCAGCAUCGAGGAGUUCCGGCAGGCGUUCCGCUCCUACACCGAGGGCACCGCCGGGCACAGCAGCUGCCUGCAUGUCUCUGCCUGCAAGCUGACAGACGAGGCCUGCUUCAUCCUGUACGAGUUCUGGCAGGACGUGACCUCGUGGAGAAGCCACUUGCAGUCCAGCUGCAGCAAGACUUUCCAGCAGUCCAUCAUCAGCUUGCUGGAGUCCCCGGAGCUGCUGACCACCAUGCUCUUCCCAGCUUCCUGGUGGAUCAUGAACAACAACUGACCCAGGCAGACACCUCAGGACACCGUCAGCAUGCGGGAGGACACGGAGCCCUCGGCACAGCCCUCGCCUUCCCUCAUGUUCCUCCUCUCCCUGUCCCUCACCCCCUCCUGCUGCCCAGCAGGGCUGCCUGCCCUUGGCCCUGCCAGUGUUUCACCCCUGCUAUUCUCCUGUUAAUUUACUUAUUUAUUUCCACCCCAAGACAGUCUCUGAGCUGCCUGGCGAGAGCGGAGCACUCCCUGAGUGCUGGGGGGAGCCGUGUUUGGGGGUGACACCCUGGCCCUUGGGGGACCACUGGUCUGGUUGCUGUGUCCCCUCAGCCCCUCCUGCACUCCAGCUCCUCUUCCUCCCGGUUCUAAGGGCUGCCCAAGGCUCCAUGGGGUGUUGGGAUGGGCAGGGGGACAUGGCUGGGGCCAGCUGUGACAUCCCUGUGCCCUGCCCACCAGAGCCACCCUGGGCCAGCAGCACCUCUGCCCAGGGAGCCAGGUGGCCUCCUAUGGAUUGUGAAUAAGUGUUUUAUAGGGAAAAAAGUAUUUAAUGAACUAUUUCUGGCAAGGUGUGCCUGAUCAGGCCCUGACACGCUGGCAGCCUGUGCAGCCACUGCAGUGGCCUUGAGACUGACCUUGUGUGCCCCAGCUGUGCCCAAGGCUGUGCCCGUCUCCAGCACACCCUGCUCCUCAGGGAGACAGCAUGGAUCCAGCCCCAGCACAUCCCAGUCCCUGGGGAGGCCAGAGGGGCUCCAGUCCCAGCACGUCCCUGGGAAGGCCAGUGUGGCUCUGUCUCUGUUGCUUCAUGAGUUCACAUAAACAGGCAUUAGCACCAGGCAGUGCUGCCAGAGAGGCUGUA